AUGGGGGAGAUCUAUUUGGACAAGGCGCUCAGCCUGCUUUCUUCAGAUAAGCAGAAGGAACGAGUUGAUGGUUUAGCAGAUAUCAAGCACAUCCUGCAGCAAAACAAACAAAGCCCUAAGCUACUGGAACUUAACGACAAAGCCUGCCACAAGAUCUUUGAAGCCCUCUUCCGUUUUAUUGCGAUAGAACGAUCGAUCUACAUUCGCGCUCAACGGUCGAAUACUAAAAGCCCAUCGGCUACCCGGUUGUCAACAUGCGCCUCGGUGCUUCGAAUAGCAGUCGAUAUCUUUUUGCGCAACAUCCGAGCCAAAACAGUCCGCGCGAUCAUUGAUCACAUCACAGAGGCCAUACCGGUGCCUGGGGAAGGCCUGUGGGAGCCACUCAGCGUGGACUACAUGAAAUGCAUAACAUCUCUUCUUCAGCACCCUGCCCAUACCGAGCAUCUGGGGGAUGCAGACUGGGAAAGGCUCAUUGAUUUCUGUCUCGAUGCAAUGCACGUACAGGAGAGCGAUGAGAGUCAACUCAGCAUUCGCAGUGGACACCGACUCUCUGGAUGCAAGCGAUACCCCCCGACCCCUCAAAGAAUGACCCCCGCUCCAGGCAAUAGAGAGAAAUUCGUUGGCGAUAGAAACACCGUCGGAGAAGUUUUAGCGUGUAUCCAGAUUUUGACGUCAAGACCUGGCGCCCCUAUACAGGCUGCAGCGGAGAGUAUCCUGCAAGGGCUCGUGGAGUUUGUCAGGUCACCAGCUUUGAUGGCCGGAAAUACACAUCAACUGGCAUUCAGUAGUAUCAAUACAGUCAUUUCCAGAGUUUUGUUCGAUCAGUCUGAGCUGGCUCGGUCGUCCCUGACGGAUCUGAUCCCAAUAAUUCGACGCCUGUGGACCACUAAGCUCCAGAGCCUCAAGGAUGAGCUUCUCACGACGAUCAUGUUGUGUCUGGUCAUUUUCGCGGAUCUGGCUCAUAAGAAUCCAUCCGAAUUGCUAGUUCGCUCGAUUGAGGGACUGGCAAACUGUCUCCAGUUGGAAUAUGUGAAGCGGUCUGAUAGGGAGUUGCUCCAGCCGGACGAGACGGUCUUCUACCAGAAAGGGGGGCACGGUGGUGGACCUGUCUAUGGGCCUCGCCUAGGGAAUGCUCGAUCUGAACACAGCUGGACUGUGCUAUGGGCCCUUGCAAACUUGCUGAAGCUGACAGAAAAAGCUGCCGCUCAGAAGCCCGACCAUGCCGUUUCUGGGGAGCAAUUAAGCAAGAAACAACGUCUUACAUCGGGAAUGGAUGAUGUGUUUCGCGACGCAAUAUCGGGGAUAGGCUCGCCAAAAAUCUGCGCGUUGCAGUUGAUCCCUUUUCUUGAAGCCGAGAUUGACAUUGAUACAAAAGAUUCUUUUAUUCAGCGAGCUAUUCCAAGCAUCCUCGAUGAUAACAGUACAAUCGCGACUUGGACCAUGAUAGCAUUGACAAGUAUUGCCAAUGGCCCCAGUGGCCAACAUCACCAGCUGAAAGGAUACUGGCCCCAAGCUGUAGAUCUCGCAACUCGCGCCUUCUCCUCCUCGGUAACGUCUAGAGCGGCCUGCAAACUCUUGAGCACAAUACUUGAAGCGGAUUUGUUGGAAUAUUCCAUCGUGUCAGAGAACAUACGAUCAAUGCUCUCGUCUGCAAAUUUGAAUGGCCCCUCCGCCAUUUCCGACUCGGCUUUGAAGAUGUGGUCAUUAAUAGCCCGGAAAAGGUUACAGCUGAGCCCGGGGACAGCGCAAAAUGCAUCGCAGCAAAUUUGCAGUUGGCUAAGAGAGGUAUGGGCUAUUGGUAAUGUCACAGAUCGGCUUCAAACUGCGCAGAUCGCUGCGUUUGCUCGCCCGCUUAAUUUGCUCGACCUCUUCAUGGCAUGCACCAAUCGAUCUUUCGAGAUUCCGGAUUUCCGAUAUCGUGGAUCAUCGGGCGUCAUUACUCGGAUGUGGUUCUACUUCCAUGAAAACAAGGAGCUUCUGGAGUAUAUUUUCGGAACAGGCUGCCGAAUCCUUCGUUCGAAUCCUUGGAAUUAUGGAGACUCAUGGUCUUUGAAACCCUCGGCUCGCCAGGAUGCAGAUGACUCGGUGAUAAUUGAUAUCUUGCGAGCAAAGUCCGAAUCUUUCCUUCAAUCAUGGAAGACGAUAAGCGGAGACAGAUCGCUUCACGUUACCGCGGACAUCUUGCAAAUUUUGACUUCUUUCUGCAUUGUUUGUUCUCUGUUUGGGGCAUGCCUUCCCCCGCAGUCGAGAUCUCGAGUGCAAGGUCUUCAACAGAAUUGCAAUACCCUCUGGAAUUCCAUUUGCGAAUUUUUGUCAACACACGGGUCGACUGCCAUUCAACCAUGCCUUGAGAUAAUAUCACCAAUCCUUGCGUCAGAGUCUGAACUGGAGAUGUCCGGCAUCUGCAAUGCUCUUUACCCACUCCUCUGUCCAUUGGCGGAAACCCUUGAAAAGAUUCGUCAAAACCUUAAAGCGGAAUCACCGGGCGAGAGAGAUAUCAUGGACUUGGAUGAUCAAUUGCCCUACAAAGGGGACGAGGUCUUUGCCAACCAGGCAAUUCUUGCUUCGAACCGAGCGGCGACUUGUCUCUUCUCUGAUGCAGCUACAUUUCAACGCUGCGAGACCAUUCGACUAUCAAUUAUUUUGAGAACGCAGAGGGAGAAUACCACUCUCGAAGACUGCCGGUCAGUCAUUGUGGAAUAUCUGACGGGCCUGGACGAGUCUGAUCUCCUAUCCACCCAAGGUAUUUUGCCAGCAGUUUAUCGGAGAUGUUCCCAACUACAGCGGGAUGACAUGAUCCAAGUUCUAGAAGAUCUCGGAGAGAAAUGCCUACAGUCGUAUGAGAUGGAGCGUUGUGAGGCUUCACACAACGUCUGCAUUCGUAUGAUGACCGCCUUUGCCGCGUCAUGGACAGAUUCACAGGCUGACGACUUGAACGAUUCAGCGAUGGACUUGUACAGCUGGUUCAUGGACGCUCUGCUUGCCAAGAAGAGGGCGUCUACUCACGUGUAUAUCGCUCUUUCUGAGCUCGUGCGGGCUGUCCAGGAGUUAUGUCCCUCAUAUGGCAAUCAGCAAUCUCUCCCGUCUCCACGAACCACCCUUUUCAUGAUUCUACAAGAGGGUGAUAUUCAGGUCAAAUUUAGUGUUGCUGAUUUUCUACCAUCGUUGUUUGAAAGAUUCCUUCUCAAAGACCACGAUGCGAUCUUUGAUGACGUUCUAGAGAGCCUGCCAAGGGAUCCAGAUUGGAUCGAAGGAAUUGCUCUUCGUCUCCUUGUCCUGUCAAGACUGGCGUCUCGGUGGCAUACUCUGUUGCGAAGGAGCAUUUACCAUAUGUUUGAGACCCCAGCUCAAGUCCCCGAUUCUCUCGGAUUUGCUCAAACAUGCAUGGGAACUACAUCGACUUCUCUUGGUUUGCGAGAUGGAACAGAGUUGUUUCGUCUCUUCGCUUCCCAAAUACUCUACACUUGGACCGAAACGCAGAGUGUCAUGUCUAUGCCGUACCGCAUCUUCGGAUAUGGCACCCUCAAAGAUAUGAUCCUUGACGUGAAAGAUGAGGUUGUUGGACAAAUGAUGAUGCGUGCCAAGGAAUCAGAAAGCCAGGAACUUGCAAGUUUCCUUGAUAUACCCUAUGUCGAACUUCUUGAGGCGUCAUUUCAUAAAGCAGAGGCAUACAGUAUCGCGCGAGAUAUAAGCACCCCUCCCGAGCAGGGAAGUCAACCUAAAGGUGUUGAGAUCCGUUUAAGGAAACUGCUUGGACAGGAGAGAUUCAUGGCCCGAAUUGAGGACAAUUUCCCACAGAUUAUCGCAACUUUCUUCAAAACUCUUGAUCGACAUGAUCAAAUAGAAAGAGCAUAUUCAAAGCGUCCAAGCUUUCACCAUGCACUCGAUAUCCAGACCAGAAUUAGCGCGAAAUGCGCUUCGCAGAGCUCUCUGCCUGCAAAUCAACAACCAUCUUUCCGCGCUCGGUACUUGCUAGACGAACUCGAGUUUUUGUGCAAACGUGCGGGCUUUGAGCUUGAAACAAUCUGGUCACCAGUACUUGCUACAUUUGUCUGCCGGUCUCUUCUGGAGUCUAUUCACCCUGCACUUGGAUCUCUGCAUACAUGCUCUGUUAUCCGCAAGAUCAGGGUCCUUGUCUGUCUUGCAGGUCCAAUCAUGCUAGAAAAUUACCCACUGGAGAUGAUUCUCAGUGCCCUUCGUCCUUUGAUUGUUGAUGUCCACUGUUCUGAAGAUGCCCUAGGAAUCUUUUGGUAUCUGCUUGAGGCAGGGAAAGCUUACCUGCUGACGAACCCCGAAUUCACAGCCGGCAUUUGCGUCUCAACCUUGGUGACCCUCCGCAAGCUCUUCUUGUCAUUUCCAGAAAGUACCACGCAACAAAGUCAGUUCCAAGCUGUGCUUUCGAUCGCGCAAACAUUCCGCGAGUGGCUUUGUGCGUUCAUGGACGAUUGUCAAGGUUCAGAAUGGAGCAGGGAAACCAAGGAGUCUUUUGCAGGAUUGCUGGACUUGGCACGAAAUUUGCCUUCCCUUGCGAACUCGGAAAGCACCCAUAUUGAAAAUGAUCUGGUAUUUGCCAUACUCAAAGAUCGCGACUCCGCGCAGUCUCUUUUGAGUAAGCCAUCCGCAGAUCUGGUACUCUCGUUACUUUGCCCCGAAUUCAAAGAAGAUGGGAGAGACAAUGACAGCAGCUUGGGCAAUGAUUUGGAAUCUGGAUCCCACAUCUUUUCACUUUGGGAAACGCUUCAUGAGUUCAACGACGGUCCAGAGUACCAGCUGUGGGCCGCUCGAAUGAUCGGGCGUUCCUUUGCUGCCACGGGCAAAAUCAAUGAAAGAUUGGUGCGCGAGCAGGAGAACGCUUUGUUUCAAACGCCGGAGUUGAGUGACCACUCGAAUCUUGCUCAUCAUUCCAAGACUACUGUUCUUCAAUUGCUCUGCAGCAAGCUCCAGGUCCAAGAUCAUACCAAGACUGGCUUAAUUGAGAGGACACUCCAGGUUAUUAUCAGCCACAUCACCGAUGCCGAUGAUUUGCAGGACUAUGUCGAUAUCAUUCCCGAAUCACUUAUGCCCGCCCUCCUCUGGAACCCAUAUUCCUGCCCGAAAUUGUCGCUUCCUGCAGCGAAGCUCGAUAUUUGCGACCUUGCCCUUCACAGAGGUGCUGAGCUUGCGCAUAUUACCGAGUGGGCUCGCCAUGCUUCUCUAUCCUUGUCCAUUGCUGCCUCGCAUGAUCCCGUCAUUGGGCCGUUGCGUGCGGUUUUACACAUGAUUCCAGGAUUGGCAGUGCAGGCCCUGCCAUACAUCAUUCAUGAGGUGCUACUAUCUGAACAUGAUACAGAACGUCGACUUCGACAGUCGAUCUCCGGUCUUUUUAAAGAGAUCCUCGGUGAAGUCACUGUAGACACCAUGCCACAUGCUCGACUUGUUAUCAGCUGCAUCUUGUAUCUUCGAAACCGGCCUAUUCCUCAGGAGUCAACAAUUGUUGAUCGCGACAAUUGGCUCGACAUUGACUAUGGCCAGGCAUCUUCAGCUGCCCAUCAGUGUGGGCUGCAAAAGACAGCUCUUCUUUUCCUUGAAAUCGAGGCAUCCAGGGUGAUUUCGGGAUCUCGCAGAUCCUCCGUGGCAAAAUACGAACCGCCAGCGGGGCUUCUGCAUGACAUCUUUAAAAAUAUCGACGAUCCAGAUCUUUUCUACGGUAUUCAACAAAGUUCAUCUUUGACUACCGUGAUGGAGAGGUUAGAGUACGAGAGUUCAGGCUUGAAAAACCUUCUCUUUCAGAGUGCGCAGUACGACAGCGAAGUCCAGAUGUCCGACAAUGCAAAUCCCUUUGGAGUUUUGAGGGCCUUGAACGCGACAAACCUUCAAGGAAUAGCCAAUACAAUGUUGUCUGCCUCUGGAAGUGCUAAUGGCGUGCCUGCGUCUUUCGACAGCAUGCUACAAGCAGCGACAAGUCUCCAACAGUGGGAUAUUCCAGUCUCACCACUGGAUGUUUCACCCUCAGCGACAGUGUUCCGCGCAUUCCAAAGUUUGAACACAUCAGCAUCGUUGUCUGAAGUCGCUCUUUCCCUAGACAACUGUCUUUUGGCAACAUUGAAGACUCUUAGCGAGACCGGUCAAUCGACGAUUGAGUUAAGAAAUACGAUGCGUGCACUUGGAAUCAUGACUGAGAUGAGUGAUGUUUUACAAGCGUCGUCAGCCCAGGAUAUGAAGGACGAAUGGGAGAAGAUUAUGGCCAGAAGCAGUUGGUUGAAGACCGAGAGCUAUGCUGAGGUCGGAGAGAUUUUGAGCUGGCACGAGGCAUUGUUUUCUUCCAUCAGAAAGAAUGCCUUCUUGACGUCCAAGUCAACCCUAAGUCCAGGAGACUCGCGCCUUCUCGAGGCAAAGGUGUUCCGCCAAUCAUUGGAUAUCACAAGGAGUCAUGGCGUUUCUCAGGCUUCUUUGAAAUCCGCGAUUAGCUUGUCUAAGCUCGCCGAACCUUGUGCUGAGUUGGGAAUGAACAUUGAGGGGGCAGCGAGAUUUGACCUUGCGAACGUUCUUUGGGACCAGGGAGAAAUGACUGCAUCGAUCCGGAUGUUGCAACAGCUGAAGGGUCAAACUGAUUUGCAUAAACAAGCUAUCCCACUCAGUCGCGCUGAAUUGCUUGUGACCUUGGGACAUCACGUCGCCGAGGCGCGGCUAGAAAAACCAGACUCAAUCCUCCAGGACUAUCUAUAUCCGGCUGUCAAGGAAUUGAAAGGUGCCUCAGGAGGAGAGUCCGCCGGACGAGUCUACCACGGCUUCGCGAGUUUCUGUGACCAGCAACUCCUUAACGUUGACGGAAUGGAAGACUUCAAACGAGUUAAGCAACUACGUGAUCGCAAAGAGAAAGAACUCCUCGGCCUAGAAGACAUGAUGAAGAACGCCGAAGGCCGAGAAAGGGAAUCUCUGAAGAUCUUCCGUGCCAAAGCAAAACAAUGGUUCGAUCUCGACGACCGUGAAUACCAGCGUCUCUUGCGAAGUCGAGAGGCUUUCUUACAACAAUGUCUCGAAAAUUACCUGCUUGCACUGCGGGAAAGUGAAAUUUACAACAACGAUGCUCUUCGCUUCUGUGCACUUUGGCUCGACAAAUCAGAUAGCAAAACUGCGAAUACGGCAGUAUCCCGAUAUGUCAACGACGUACCCAGUCGCAAAUUUGCAUCUCUCAUGAAUCAGCUUUCAUCGCGCCUUCUUGAUGUUUCUGAUGACUUCCAAUCUCUUCUCACUGAACUGGUCUUCCGAAUCUGCGCAGAACAUCCAUUCCAUGGAAUGUACCAGAUCUUCGCCAGCAGCAAGUCAAAAGGUGGAAAAGAUCAAUCCUCGCAUUCUCGCUUCCGAGCGGCGAACAAGCUCGUCGACCGCUUGAAGAACGACAAGGACAUCGGUCCGACCUGGAUUGCAGUUCACAACAUGAACAUUACGUAUGUUCGUUUCGCGAUUGACAAGCCAGACAGCAAAUUCAAGACCGGUGCGAAGAUUCCUCUGAAGAAACUGUCCACCGGAGAUCGCCUGGGGAAGGAUGCGGAGACGUAUAAGCUGCCUCCACCCACAAUGAAAAUCGAGCUCCGCGCAGAUCUCGACUAUAGCGACGUUCCUUCGAUCGCCAGAUUCAGCUCUGAAUUCACGCUUGCAUCUGGUGUCAGUGCUCCGAAGAUUGUGACUGCCGUUGCCACCAACGGGGUUCGAUACAAGCAAUUGUACAAAGGAGGAAAUGACGACCUCCGUCAGGACGCAAUCAUGGAACAGGUGUUCGAGCAAGUGAGCAGUCUUCUUAAAGAUCAUCAGCCUACACGCCAACGGAAUCUGGGAAUUCGGACCUACAAGGUUCUUCCGUUAACGCUGAAUGCUGGAAUCAUUGAAUUCGUGCCAAAUACCAUCCCCCUGCACGACUAUCUGAUGCCCGCACAUCAGCGAUAUUUCCCCAAGGACAUGAAGCCCAGCGCGUGCAGAAAGCAUAUUGCCGAUAUGCAGACCAGAUCAUUCGAACAAAGAGUCAGAACGUACCGCCAGGUCACGGAACAUUUCCAUCCGGUGAUGAAAUACUUCUUCAUGGAGAAGUUCAGUAAUCCGGACGACUGGUUUAGCAAACGAUUGGCAUAUACCCGGAGUACUGCUGCGAUCUCCAUUCUGGGUCAUGUCCUCGGACUCGGUGAUCGACAUGGUCAUAAUAUCCUUUUGGAUGAAAAGACAGGAGAGGUGGUGCAUAUUGACCUGGGUGUGGCCUUUGAGCAAGGACGCAUUCUUCCUGUCCCUGAGGUGGUUCCUUUCCGAUUGACCCGGGACCUGGUUGAUGGGUUUGGCAUUACCAAGACGGAGGGUGUCUUCCGGCGCUGUUGCGAGUUCACCUUGGAAGCGCUCCGGCAAGAGUCGUACAGCAUCAUGACCAUUCUGGACGUGCUUCGAUAUGAUCCAUUGUACAGCUGGACCGUGUCUCCCCUUCGAAUGAAGAAGAUGCAAGAUAACCAGGAUGCUGGAAAUGGUCCUCCUCUUCUGCCUGGUGCAGAGGAUAAGCCUGCGACCAACGAACCCAGUGAGGCCGACAGAGCUUUGACCGUGGUUGCAAAAAAGUUGAGCAAAACCCUGAGCGUCACCGCCACCGUCAACGAAUUGAUCCAGCAAGCGACCGAUGAGAAGAACUUGGCUGUCCUUUAUUGUGGGUGGGCAUCUUAUGCUUGA